UAUAAAUUGGUCAUAUCUGCGGAUGGAAAGUCAGUUCGCAUUCAACAAGCAACGAGGGAGCAGUUCUCUAAAGGAAUAUAUCAGUUUGAAAAGUAUCAAAAGGAUUUAAUAAAUAACUUAAAAUGUCGCCGCCGCAUCACGAUCGCCUGUUUGGAAUCCACCUAGGCCUGAAUUUGGGUGGAGGUGGACAUCAUCACCACCACCAUCCACCACCGCCCCCGGUGCACCACCAUCACCACCACGGACCCCCAAUGCACCACCACGGACCUCCACCACCGCCGCACCACCACCACCACUACGGACCCCCACCACCGCCGCCCCACUUCGAUCAUCAUCAUCACCACCACGGAGGCCACUUUGACCAUCAUCAUGGUCCUCACCAUGGACACCAUCAUCACCAUUGCUAGUGCAAUCCUGAAGAAAGGGUUUGGAGAUCGCAGUCAUCAGGCGGGAAAAUGAUGAAAAUAAUUAUAAACGAAUUUAAUUUAUUAUAUAACGUGUACUAAAAAUCAAAACCAAAAAAAAAACAUUAAAACUACUACCUUAAACUUAAACAAAUGCUUUUAUUUUCACGAGUUGUGCCGUUUUAAGACAGUUAACUAAAAUAAUUAUAAUUUAUAAUUCAUGUAAGCAUUAAAUUAUAAAUGUAAUUGCCUUCUGCACAAGAAAAAUGUCUGUACUGCGCACUUCGUUAACAAAUGUCGAUGCGAUAAAGUUUAAAAUAAGAACUUAUCUUAUCUUGAUUGACAUGACACAAAGAUUUCCGCAAAACAAUAUUAAACGAUUCUCUAAUACAUACAAAGCUGAUUUCAAAGCCAAAGGCCAAAGGAAUCAAGAAUAAUUUUAGAACCUAAUAAUUCAAGAAAUUCUAAGCCAAUAAGAAGAUUAAUUGCGACCACAAACACGAAACAAUACCACCCACGAAAACAAUUUGGUAAGCCGAUAAAUACAAAUGAAAUUAAAUAUAAUUUUAGUACGGCUUGAAUUCGCUUCGGGUGGGUCAAACAAAAUGUUGGCCAAUUACAAAUCCAUUUCGAAGUGUUUUUAUAUUUUUCUGCGGUUGUCACAAAACGCUAAUUAGACAGCAGCUACCAUAUAAAGUGGGUCUCUCAAUACCCGCAUUUAUUUGUCUGUGGGUUAUGGCCUGUCAUAAAAUGUAAAAUGCUGCCCCCGGCGUGGGUCGUAUGGGUAUCGACACCUGGAAAAUAUUGGUAAUUAAAAUUUGCCAGUUGUCGACCAGAAAUCCGAAAAAAACCGCUUCCAUUUUGGCCUGUCUAAUAAUGUUGUAAAACAUGUUGCCAUUAAGUCAAGCGACCGACGCCGAAACGCCCCAAAGGUAAAACUGAAAAAACAGGAAAACUAAGGAAAAUGAUUAAGUGGUAGGAAAAUACCCUACACAUAAUUUACAUACUGAAGGAAAAACUUAAAAAAAAUUGCGACGUAAGUUAUUUAUAUCUAGUAAUUUAAAAAUUUCUAGUAAAAUGUUUCCUGCUCCCCAACUAUAAGUAAAUUUGCUUAUUAUUAAAUAUAAAAUGAAAUAAUAAUCCUUAGUUACGGCUGAUACUCCACUUUAUUAGAGGAUAAAUUGUCGUAUACUGUAGAUCAUUCAUUGACAUGUCGCGCUAAUGGAAUUGGUAGCAGUAAGUGACACUCGAGCACUCUCUUCAGGUUUUCGGACCAAGACUGUCAAUUAAAUAUGGACAUUUUCGGGGUCUGGCUAUCAACGAUUUUUUGACAAUUUCAUGGGACAGCUCGAAAAUUGAUAGGCAUGAGAGUAAAGUGCCCCUCCUCCUUAAAAUGACUAGAUGACAAUUAACGUCUCAAUUCAUAAAUGUUGCGUCUGGAAAAAUCAUACCUCAAACCGAGUGGCUUGCUUUUAAUUAAAAAACUUAAAUUAUGCUCGAGGCCUAGCCUUAUCCAUACUUCAGCCUCAAAUGGAGCUGCCUGGCAACUUCGUAUAUCUUAAUUGUUAUUUGUAUUUAAUUAUAUGGCAAGUCGACUCUAGUUUGCCGCAAAAGUUGAAAAUGUUGGAAAAACAACAGCAAGUGGGUGAGGAAAAGAAGUCAAGUCAAAGUUGCUUCGCUUUUUUCGUAAUUAAAAUGUUUACUUUACCUAGUUGGCCAAGUGUUGGCUCUACCGGUAAAAAAAAACCCCAAGUGAGUGGAAAGAUGAGAGAAAACAAUUGAAAUAGGAGUUGCUGCAUCCGUCAGAUACUUUCAGUGAUUAUGCAAGAGGAAAAGCAUUGCACACCACGAUAAAAGUGAAAAAUGUGUGAAAGCAUUGAGUCACAAUGACAAUUACUCGUCUGAUUUUCGGAAUAAGCUUAUUGCAUUUAUUGAGUUUAGAUUAUUAUUGAUUGAAACUUUAUUCUGAAAAUGAUUUGAGUUCAAAACUCUGUCUCUCCUGUCUUACACUACGUAAACCUCCAAUUAAUAAAGCACACACCAGCAGAUAUUUCUUGGUUAAUCAGAGCACUAAUUUCCCAAUUUCCUUUUCUUUCAGGUAUGUACUUAAGGCAGUUCCACACCAUAAACUAGAAUUAUGCAGAGUGUAAGUAAUGAAAUGUUCAUGCACUGAUCACCAAUUCGGCCUGAUGGCCCAUUAAUGAGUUUACUCAACUAAAGUACAAGCCAAUAACGCGGAGCCACAAAGAACGCCACGCAUAGAGCGCAAUCAAAUCGGGAGAAUAAACCCAUUACCGCACUCACAGACCAUCGUGUAAUCAUAAGCCCAUUCUCAUAACAAUCAGAGGCAAUUUCAGGAAUUCAGUUCGCAGGACUAGGACUACUUCUAAUAAUUUAAUAAAUCCAUGAAAUGUCCAAAAUACGAUAAGUACGGUGGGACAACGGGGUUAUGGCCUCCUUCCGCACGGUGCUAUAAAAAUUCCCCACCAAAACUUCUCAUUAAAUAAACAUACUCGAACCGAAGACAAAGGCCAUUCCAUAUCGAGUACGCAUUCCGAAAAACUAGUCCCAAACUAAGACCGCGUAAUGUCGCUUGUUAGUACUAAUGAUGGGCUGGACCCCGGUUCCUCAGCCAUAUCCUCUUGAAUCCCCCGCCCCUGGGAAAACGCAAAAAUAAAUUUGUACAUCUGCGAUAGAAGCCGCGAUAUGGGAGCCAUGGCCAAGACCUCGGAAGGCCAAGAAUGAAAGAGCGUUGCCCAUUUCGCCUGCUUGUCAUAAAUUGCCAUGGAGCGCCAACAACAAUUUUCCUUCGUCUUUGGAGCCUUUUAGGCCCCUUUCUGUGCCUAGCGAUGGUAGCGUGAUCUUGGGUAUAAUGCUAUAUAAGAAAGUAACUUAAAAGAUUAUCACUGGCUCAAACAGUAGCUGUAAACUACAUAGGUACUUCUUAAUAUAUUUUAGUAGUUUAUAACCAUGACUUAUAUUCUUUGAUUUGAACGUAGCCAACUUAAAAGCUUAUUGAAAAUAGUCUUUGAUACAAAAGCUACAAAUUAUUAAAUUUCAGUAAUCCAAACUUCUUAGAAACCAUCUCUAAUACUUUGUCAUGGACCCCCAAGCCAGAACGAACCAAAACCUACGUGGCCACAGUCCAUUGGAUCCCAACCGUCGCGUCCAGGCUGUAAAAAUUAAUAGCCAACAUAAUAAGCGGCAUUUUAUGACAAGCGUGCACCUCAGCACACUUACACACAGACACGCUCUCACGGACAUGGGGGACCACGCCCCCUAGAAAGCGCCUCUUUUGUUUUUUUUUUCGGCAUUUGGGCUUUUGGGCAAACAUUUCUCAUAGACUCACACGGCAAAAGUCAUUAGGUGAGGGAUCAGUUGGCCACGCUUCUUCAUCGCAGUCACUUUGAAAAUUACGCAAAUUGAAAGUUACAUCGUUAUAUUGCCGGCAAAUGGGGAAAAUCAGGAGGAAAUCGCCAACCCCCUCCCCCUCCAACGACACCCCCUCAAGUAGUCACCAAGUUAACCGGCAAGUUAUGGACAUCGUAUAGGCGCUGCAAGAUUCCGCUUUAUGAUAAUUACAUGCAGCGUUCAGAUUUGUUUUUAUACGAUUUUGUCCAGGAAAAUUGAAAAACUUUUCGUAGGCUUCGGUGUUUGUGUGCCAUGAAAAUAGAUGGUCGAUUAUGUAAGAGGUGAUGUGGGAAGUUUAUUUAUAUAAACAAGCUAAUGGAUUUUGUGGCUUUUAAUUGGAGGAGAGCCAUUUGCGGGAUGAUGAAGUGCCCAUAAGUCAUGACUUCAUGCCGGUCAGGCUCAAGUAUUAAACGGUAAUACAUCUCGUGAGACUCUCAAAUUUAUAGUUUACUACAUCAAAACAAAAUAGAUUCCUCUUCGAUCUAUACCACUCUAAAUACUUCGUGUCAUAAAGAGAACCUGCCACAAAAAAUCGUUAGCCUGAAGCUGAAAAGCCAUUAAACACUAAAGAUCUCGGCGGGAAAUCAUUAAGUCCCGCUUUUGAACGAACGAAACCAAGAAAAUACAAAUACUAAUACACAAACACUAAGCACAAAGUAACCAAAUUGAAUCUUAAAUUUAAGCUAGGCCUAACUUUUUAUUGUCUUUAUACGGUUAGAGUCUCAAUAAAAUUGAUUGAGUGAUAACUUCAAAUGGUAAUGACAAGAAACCAAAUUUAUGAUGCUAAUUAGCUUUGAAUAGAGACUUGCCUAAAGAAAAAAUAUUUUACCCUACGCUAUCUGUUUGGCUAAUAAAUCUUUCAACAAAACCAAUCCGAAGACGAAUUACAUAGAAUAAGAUUUGUCAAAUCUUUCGAAAGCCCAACGAACUCGUCUGGCAUAUAAAAUGCAAAUUAGCUACAAAAUGGGUUAUCUCUUAGCCUCCAGAACCAUCCAUCCAUUAUUCAGUUUUACCCCAUCCAGCACAUUAUAUUUUCUUAUCUCCCUCGAAAUGCAUUUUCUUGCAUGCGUUUUUAUUUAUUUUUCCAUAUUUUUCGGCUUGUGGCUUGCAUUUUUAUUACUUGUCAAAAUACAAUAAAAUUUAUGGCAAGUUGGCAAUAUUUUUAACGCCAAAUGCACAGCAUUGGGUGCUGCGGGGAUCAAAGGGUAGGGAAACUGCAGACAGAGGGCGAAAAAAAUGCAAAGAAAUCCCCCCAUAAAUCAUGCAAGUGAAGUCUGGCCAAAAACAAAAGGAAAUCUGCAAGGAAAAGAGGGAAAACUGUAAAACGCCAGAGCGGUGCGCAUAAAAGUCAUAAAAAUAAAAUUAGCCAAAGUGGGCGGAACUCGGGCAGGGGGAGGGGAAAAGUGCGGGAAAAACAAAAAAAUUCACAUAUCGAUAUUAAUGGGCAUAAAAAUUGCAUUUAUAUAGACGCACGGAAAAUGCCGUCAACGCAUUAGUGUUAGAGAUAUACAAUAGAUAAAUGAAAAACCUUUCCUUUAGUUAUGAGUUUCUUAAAUUGUUGUUCCUUUUGUUUCUGUAGUAUCACUACCAUUUUAAAUAUUUAACAAUGGACGCAAUUUGUUUAUAUGUAUACGUAUAUAGUAGGAAAAAUUGUAUGUACUCUUAGUGUCAAAGAAAAAAGUUCAUACCUUUGGAAAAUAAUUCAUUGGCUUACAGUACACAACAGCCAGAUUCAUUAAUUCAAAUCGGGUGCAUUUCCCUGAGAGCUUCGAGCCCAAUAAUUAAUGCCUACACAUUUUUCAUUGCCCUUACCUGCGGCUCAUGAUUUUCGCAUAUUUCUCAAGAGCUUCGAAUACCCGCCUCAUUUUCCCUGCUCAGCGCUUUGCUAAUAAUGUGAAAAAUAAGAAAAUGAAAGGCAUUUUUGUCUAAUGAAUUUCCACGUGCCAUCACCGUUUCUUCUGCCUUCAUUUUUGUAUGCGGUACGUGCCUGUGUGAAAAGCGUAUUUAAAUGCGGUUGUGGCAAAUUAGUUAAUAAAUCACAUGUGGAAAAUUGAUGAGAUGCCAUUUUCCUCCUUUCGUUGGGAGCUGGAGGGUUGGGCAUUUCAUUUGAUUAUUUGCCAUUUGUUUGGAAAAUUAUUUUCCUUUUUCUGUUCGGUUAGGAGGAAGAGGAACUCCCCAUAGACCCAGUCUCUAAUUAAGGCGAGUUGCGUUACUCAAUUGAAUUCCAAAUACUGAUUAUGAUUUUGAGCACGAAUCCAAAAGGGCAAUAAUCCAGCAGACAAUUGCUGAAUAUUAGCGAUUGAUGGAAGGCAGUAAGAAGACUUACAAAGCAAACUGAAAAGUUCAUGGAAUCAAGACUUACCUUAAAAUUUAGAGACAAAAGCAAAAAAGCCCAAAUGAACUCAUUGCCAUUGUGCGAGCAGUGUUCCCAAUAUCUCAUUGUCAUGUAGCUCAAAUCGCUCCAACAGUCAACAAACUACAACAACCGGCAAUCAGCAACUACAACAACUAGCAAGCAACAACCAACAACGACAACUUCGACCAAUAGGAAACAGCACAAACAACACUUUGCAUGUGUAGCCGAGUCUCCCCAAACCCAGAACACUGCCACACAAACAACCAGAGUAGCAACAAACAAACAAGCCAAAAAAAACCAGAGGGAGGUGAAGAAGACAAAAGCAGUCCAAACAAGUAGAACUUGUCUAGACCUAAAUCCAGAGGUGGAGCUUCUAAAAGGGGGAUUCUAGACUUUUGUAUGUCUAAAAAUAUCAUAAACAAUAUCUUAAACAACUGACAUUUUCCAAGGAUUUUAUUUAAGUCUAAAGUAGUUAUUCCUACAACUUAACUAACGCCUUAAUGAACUUUUUUCAAGAGUAGUAACCCUUUUAAGCCCGAUUUUACCACCACCCCUGAUCAUUUCUUGCACGACCAACAAAUGUUUCUCUGGGGAUUUGUUUGUAUAGGUUUUUAGAAAUAAGGAGACUCCAGCUUUGGCUUUAUGCCUACAGGCCAUUUAAAUGACUUUUCUUUGGCUUUAUUUGCCGGUUCAGUUUCGCUUAGCCUUAUUUUAUUUUUUUAAUUUUGUUUUUCUUAUGCACUGUGCUCUUUUCUGGCCCAACUCUGAUGUCUAAAGUCAAGAUCACAAACGUGAUUUGUUGUUGCCGUGGCUUAAGCUUUUUGCUCAUUUUGGCAAAUGUUCGAGCGACUGUGGAAGAUCGUGAUCUUUAAACUAAGCAACUCCGUGGCUCGAAGGCUUUGUCUUUGCAUUGUUUUCUUAGGUUUCUUAGGUUUCUUUGCUAUUUUUUUAGUGCUGUUGCUGACUCGAUCAGUCGUCACUUUGCUACAGAAGAAAACAAAGCGAAGGAGACUUCCUUUAAACAAAACUUUGAAGUUUCUUGUGGUGUUACCCGAUUUAUGUUGUUCAUUUAUUUUGACAAAGCCUUUGGCUCUUUUUCGACCCAAGCAACAUUGUGUGGGUGUUCCAAUCGCUGUCUCCUUCUCUUUUUUUUACCAGCCUAUAUCCGUCUCUUUUCUACUGUUUGUGCGGCGCCGCCUCAGAAAAAGAUUUGUGUAUUUAUGUAGAAGGAAAAUCCCCUGUCCCUCCUAAUUUUUAUUCAGUCCCAGUACACUCUGAUUGAUGUGGGCCACAUUAAUCAAGCCAUUGAAGCGGCCGUCUGUUUGAAGUUGGUCCGAUUUUUGAUCAAGCGAUCUUGUGCCACUCAUAACAUCCCCCCUUCCAAUCUCCUUCUCUCUAUAAACUCUAUAGACGUAUAUAGUAUGACCAGGUCUGUAAUCGAAGCGAUCGCCAAGUGAUUUUGGUUUCGUUUACCGAUCGCACGCUCGUUUCUCACUUGACUAUCGUUUUACUUUUCGUUUGUUUUUUGGCCAAGUUAAUGGGCAAUUUGUUUUCAAUUAAUUGGCUUGUUGUGUUAACUGCCUACUGAUUACUCGAGUGCUCGGGGCUUCCGUUGAAUCGGAAUGUACGAUCUCACCACCGAUCUCCGCUCGUUUUCGUUUUCACUUGCACUUUUUUCCUAGUGGCUGAUCAUAAAUUUCAUUCGAAUGAGAUGCAAACGUUGCUGUCUAUUAAGAAAGAUCAAAGCAAACGUGAUGGACAGUGGGCUUUAUAAGGAAAAUGAGAGAAAGAGCGAAAGAUCAUAUAUUCGCUUAUUCGCAUAUUCGCUUUCUAGAAACUGAAUGGGAAUGUCAGUGUGGGAAUAAUUGGGAAGCCUUUUUGGUAUAAAUUUUAUAAGGAUUAUCUAACAUAUAUUUUAAAUUUCAAUUGCUAGUUAAGUAACUACCCGCAUAUAAGGCCAUUUAAAAAUAAUGUCGAAAUGAUUUCCUUAUUAAAGACUUAUCACUAAUUCACACUGAGAGCAUCUUAAACUAAUGAUUGGGGUUUAGGACGCCCACUGUUUUCUAAUGAAUCCCAGACAAGCGAUGACACAACCGCCGUUCAUUCAUCUUUCCAUCCAACCAUCCAUCCAACUAUUUGCCAUCCUCAUCAGACCAUGCAAAAUACAAUUUAUGCCACAUUAACAAAUGAGAGCAAAACUUUGGAGUGGUGGGGGGAUGGGAGGAGCCAGGUUAGUCUGGUCUGCCCUUUUUGAUAUGCCGCCAUCGUCUCGGCUUUUCUUAGAAAUUGUUUAGGGGCAAAUGAGGAAAUACUGAACGCGUAGAGUUCAUGCAUGGAACUCAGAACAUUCGAAAUGGAAAUGAUCGCGGACAGCUCUGGAAACUGAAAGAUGAAGAUGAAUGGCAGAUGGUCUGUGAUGUGUCUUUGAAGUUGAAGUGCUUUUUGUUCAUUAGCUCGUUGCCACUAAUUUGGUUUCGGGCCACAAUUUGCAUACACAUAGUAUAGCAGCUCUGAGAAGUCUUCAUUGUUCGUUUGAAGUUUCGUGAUGUAGAUUGAAAAAGAUCAGUUCUGACUAGUCGAGAAAAUUGUUUGGGAAUUGUAUAUGCUUGAUGAGCUCUGCUGAUGCCCCUUGAACAUUUAAUGAAGUCUCAAAUUAUUACGAAAACUGUAUCAAAAUAGAUACAUUCUAGGAAGGUCCUAGAAAGAAAUAAAAAUAGAACAAACGCGAGAAUUUUGAAUACUUCGAAUAAAUACGAAGCUUUAGUUACAGUUCUCGUUCAGUUUCCAUCGCAUUAGCCCACUUUUCCAAUCGCAACUUAACCUUAUGACCACAUUUUCCGACACAAAGAUAAUAUCAUAUUUCCAAGUCGAAGCCCCGCACAACCCAAAACCUCACACACACCUUUGUUGAAUGUUGGCAUCUUAGAAAUUUAGUUACACCCAAGUGUAACCAACCUAGAAAAGUGUCUAAGUAACUCAUACAGUUAACCACUUAAAGGUGUUCGCUUACACCUCUUUGUUGUUUUUGCUGUUUGUGUUGGCUUUUUCGUUCUUUUGCUCUUUUUUAGCACCCCCCUCACACCUUUUCCCAGACCCUCCCCCCCUGUAAAAUGCCUUGGGGCCGGGAAAGUGUGAAAAGACAUAAGAAAUGCCGCGCGCUUAAGCAAAAUCUAUACAUAAAAGCCAACUUUCUGCACUAUAAAAAAACCUCUCUUACAUGACAUGACACAAUUUGUUGUCAGUGUCGCCUUGUUGUUGUUGCUGUUGCUUUGGUUGCUGUUGUUGUCGGUCGGCCACUUCGACAUGUUUGUCUGAGGUUCACUUCAGGUAAACCAAACUCCGCUGCUUUAACUGCACUGAAAGAAAAUUUUUGCAAUUUGGUUGCCUCAUCCAAUCUACAACUGCACAAUUCCAUUCUUAAAAGCAUACAAAAAGACCCAAAUAAAUUUGAUUUAACUGUAUAAUAUAUAGCAACAAGAAAACUUCAAAAACUUGUAGUACUUAUACCACAAAAUUUUAAAAUAAAAUAUAAAAAAAUUAUCUAGUUUUUAGAAACAGUUUUCUAACUAAGGAAGCAUUUCGUUUGCAAAAGAAUACAAUAAAUACGCUCGUAACUUUAGAGAGCGCCCCAAAAAUGUCAGGAAAUCUUUAUGAGAAACGCAAAGAAACAGAUUACGAUUUUACCAUGUCGUCAUCCUCCCCCCUAUUUUUUCGCAGUGCACUGUGCUGCCUGAUACUCUCCUUAUUUUCUGCUGCUGCUCUAGUGAUAUUUUGCCCGGUUUACCUCAGCGCUGUUUGCUCUGCCACCCCGGCGUCCUCUUCAUCGCCAGCGCUUUGUUUAUCGCGUGUGAAAAUAUUUUUUGCACUUUUAGUUUUACCGAAAAGUUUUCGGCACACAUAAAAAUGUUUAAGUUUUUGGCAACAAGAAGAAGAGAAGAAGAGCUGGGGAAACUGCAUACGAAAUUCAUACGAACGCGGUCUUUUCUUGUGUGAUUUAUACAUACAUACCUAAGAUGCUUUGAUGUGGGGAAUAAAAUAGUUUAUUUUAUCGGACGGGUGAAAUGUUUUAAUUAAAAGUGCGGAAAGAAGUGGCUGCAUUUAGGUGUGUUCUUAGCUGCGAUUGAAUGAAAACAUGAAUAAAAACAAAACGAGAAAACUAUUCACUUAAGAUCCCAUAACAACUUUAAAUUAUUAAAUAUAAAUAUGCCUUUCUAUUGAUUUUAAGCUUAAAUUGAAAUAAUUAACGAAUAAAUUCUUUUCGAUUGAAUAAAUACGUUUUCAUUCUACAGCAAUAUUUUUUCAAGGAAAGUCAAAAGAGAAAAUAGCUGCGUUCAUAAUCAAAACAGAAUAAUAAACAGAAAAAUGCAAUCCGUGCAAAUAUGUUGCACUGCAUUGAGUAAAUAAUGGCAAUAAGUGUGUAUUGUGAUUUAAUCAAAGUUUAUUAAUAAAUCAUGAACGAAAUUGAGCAAAAGCAGUUGAAUGCAUUCGAUUGCUUGUUAAUUAACAUAUCGGCAAAGUUCAAUUAAUUGGCAAUCAAUCAUUUUUAAUGAAACAACAACGGCAACAAGUCGGAGACUUGUUAGCGAAGAAAACCACGAAGAAUCGGGCGACAUUAUCGGCCCACAGCGAUCUUGAACUCUGUGCGGAAAAGGCUUAAAAAACAGAGAGAAGGAAAAUGGCAAAAAAAAAAGAAAAAUAGAAAACGUGCCUGGAGAGGGGAGAUGCAGAAAUAAUGCUGCAAUUCUAUUGAGCAGCCAGCCAGCAACAGCGAAACGUGCCACACGAUUGACAAGCGGUUUUGGCCUGGCCCGGGGACUCUAGGCCCCUCUUCAACACACCCCCCACCACACCCCUGUUUUAGCCAACUCUUUCAGCCGUUGGCAGAGUGGCCUGCAGCUGCAGCAAAUACAACUCCAAUGGCAAAAGCUGCCAGCCAACCUGGCCAACGAGCGACUCAGUUGCGGGUGCCACUGCAUUUGGCAUUAACACCCCCACGCCCCUGGCAAAAAGCAUCCCAUCAUGGCCAAGAUCCAGGGAUCCAGCGAUGCCUGUGGAAACUGCGACUUUUCCGAGCCAAAGUGUUUUUCCGGGCCAGGGGGAUGGUGGAAUUUGUGGGAAUAGUUUAAAAAGUCAGCGGAAAAACGUUGUGGGAAAGGCAGUUACUUAGUUACAGAACUUGCAAAGGUGGCAGGGAAAAGGCGCGGGGAUGGUGUAAACUUUAAUCAAAGUUUAACAAAACUAAUUAUUUUAUGGCACACAAAUAUUUUGCUGUGAACUAGAUAGCUUUUUAUAGAAAUAAAUAAGGGCUAUGUAGCAGGUAGCCCCAACAAAGUAUCUAUUUUACGUUACUACAAAAAUGUUCUUUAGGUUAAAUACUUACAUAUUUGGGUUUAUACUAUUCAUUAUAUAAUAAAAUAGAGCUACUUUUAUAAUAGGAAAAUCAUCAUAUGAAAGCAACGUUUUAAAAAUUCCAUUUCUGCUCGCUUAUAGUGCUUCCGUCCCUCGAUUUCUCGAUAACUGUAAUCUUAGCAACUUACUGAACACCAAGAAACAAGAUACAAGCUAUUAAACUUCUCAUUUGGCUAAGAGAACAGCGCGCGGAACCCUCGCUUGAAACUCCUCUAGCAUAUUUCAAACAAAUUUAUUUGCGCCUGCAAUUUACGAGGCUCUUCCAUCUCGAAAGAAAGAGACGGCAAGGAGGCGGCAGAAAGAGCUAGAACCACUCGAGACGGAGUGCAACAGAAUCUACAGCAACAACUAACGGCCAGGCAUAAUUAAAAUGUUACAACAGCAUCAGGCAAAUGAGGAAGCCAACUGGGAAAUCUUGGGUUCUUGCGGGAGGGAGAUGGGGCAUAGAAGGCCCUCCCUUUUCCUUCUUUUCGCGGCGUAUCAUGCAACUACAACACUCAACAUUCAGAUUUUGCAGACAAGUUGCGCAUGCGCCCAAUGCAAAUUAAUUUGCAGCAUUUUUCUCUGCGCCUCAGCUUCUUACAUAAAGUAGACAGUAAAAAAUUGCAACCAAAAGAUCCCCUGAAUUGGUUGUUAAAAUUGACCAAAUUCUUACUAUUCCGAAUAUAUAAAUUAGCAACAUUAAAGCUAAAAAGUUGCAUGCCAAAAUUAGAGAGGAAGUGAAUAUGACAAUUGAUCUUAAAAAUAAUUUUUUCUCUGCAACUGCAAAGGCCUUCAGUUCAAGCUAAUUUCCUGCCAUUUUUCUUUGCCGCUCACAUUGCUUUUGACGAAUUGUAAAUUUGUUGGCCAUGCUGGGAGCAUUUGGAGCAUGCCACAAAGUUGCUAAGCAAUAUCCUCCGCCUCUGAAUUUGCCAAUCAACUUGUUAAACUUUUGCUCUCUCGAAAUUGCUCAUGUGUGAAAUGAAAUGCACGAACAUGAGAACCGUGAAGAGGGAAAGGCCACGCACGCGCUUUUUCACUUAGUUUUCAUGGAAGUGUGUGGGAAAUUUGUUGAUUAAACUUGUGCAGAACUUUUUAAUUGCCUCGAUGUAGUUGCAGACGACGGUGAAUAUUUGAGUUGGCCCGAGGUGAACAAAGUAUGCAAAAAAAGGGACAGCAACGUCGCUGCAGAAAGAGACGGUAGAUAUGUGAGUAGUGGGUGGGGACAGUUUCCUAACAAGCUUACACGAUUUUUGUGUGUCCUAUGAUCUACGUACUAUAUGAAUAAAUGUGCGCAGGCACAACGCAAAUUAGAAAAGUUUAUUGAGCCUGGAAAAAGCGGGUUUGCAAAGAAUCUUUUAAUUUAUAAUUAUAUGAAAAUUGCUUACGCCUAACUCAACAUGAAAUACAUUACAUGUGUUUAAAACCCCAAAAUGAAAGCUGCAAAGCAAUGAUUAUCUCUUACAAAUACCAAGCAUCUAAUAUCCCUAGUAUCCCCAAAGUUUUCAGCUUAUUAAAACACGUGUCAGUUUUAAAUUGCCUUUGAAAACCAACCAUGAAACCAUUUCUGGCCGGCCGCUGUCACAUUUGACCUUUUGUCAAAGGACGGUUCAAAUAAAGUUUAAUAUUUAAUAAUCCGCUUCAGCGCACAGAGGGCAUUAUCUACCCCAGUUCCCCACACUUUUGGGUGCUCCAAGGUCCAGGUCUCCCAUACGAUUUAGUUGCAGCCGUGUAAUGAUCUAUGGCGCCUUAAGUCAAGAUUUAUGCCCUCAGCCUCGACGAUUGGUAUACUAUACGUACAUGGAAAGAGGCAGCGGAUUUGGGGAGGGGUAUAAAAAAAUAAAGAAGCAGCAACAACCGAGAAGCCAUAAAGCCAAAGAGGCGCAAAGUUUUAUGCAGAAGUCGAGCGAGCGCCUUUUUUAUACAAUAAAAUAAAUAAAACAGACAGAACGCGAGAGUGGAGGAGGCAUAAAAUUGUAUAAAUUUAUGAGGAGACCCAGUUUGGUAGUCCUAACUGCCAUCGAUGCUGGCUUCUUGUUUUUGGCUCUUUUUUUAGAAUUUAAUUGGACAUUAUAUCGCAUAUUCUUAUAUAGGCAAAAUCAAUGCCUUACCAUAUAUCAAACAGCGGAAAGUACCAGGGAAGUGGGAACAAACAAAAAAAAACACAAGAGACAUCCAACGGUAAUGGCCAAAAAAGCUUUGCCAUUGUCUGGGUUAGUUUCAGCUGGUUCAGCUUCGAUUGUUGCUCUGGGCAUUAUUUAUGGUUACUUAGCCGACUGCCGAGUGCCACCAGAAAGCCCCUCCCAAUUCUCCUCCUUCGAUCUCGGCGAUGUGUGAACAAAAAGUUAUAUCUUCCAGCCUGGGAACGGGACCAUCUGGGUAUGGGAAAUCGGGAAAUCACACUAAAGCGCGGCCAACUUCCUUCUCUGCCUAAUCACUUGACUUUUCCCUCCUACGGACUUACAAAAGGAAAACAGAUUUCACGUUGAUGUGAAAACAUUCAUUCAAAUGUAAUAAUCGGAUGAAAUUACUCCAGCAUAUUCUGGCCCGUUUUUGAUAAAGCACUUAAAGGAAAACAUAUUCACUUUGAGAAACUCAUCUAAUAAUUUCAACAAGUUUAUUACACUUCAAGAACUUUUGCGGCUUAUUUAAAAAAAAGUAUAUAUUUUUAAAUGAAUUUUAAAGAUUGAUAAAUAAAUAUAUAUGAUAGAACUUGAACAUGAAUGUAAUUGGAAUAUGUCUUUUCUUCGUGUGUAGACAUAUCUUCAUCUGUCCAGUUGGGCAAAAAAGCUGUCGCAUCUAAAGCGCCUUAUCUUUUCUCUAUUGUGUUUGUGAGCCGUGAUGCAAGCCAGGGCCACGCCCACUCCUGUGUCGUCUGAACGCCCACGGUCGACUUAACUGGCGCCACUUUUUAAAUCGGCUUAAAUUAUGAAUGGCUGUGGAAGAAUGGGAUGGAGAC